AUGACAUUGAAUCUUCAGUUUACUCAAGACUUGGGUAGUACUUUGUUUUAUAAAAGAUUUGCUCAAACUGACUGCUGGAGUAAAGAAGACAUAUCUAAGUUACGCGCUCGGAAAAUAAUUGAAGAAAUUAUACCACCAGCAGUCACACCAGAUAAUGUUAACGAUCAUUAUUUGACUGAAACAUUAAAAUAUUUUCGUAAUUCGUUUCAAGUACUAGAAAAUAAUUCAGAUAAACGUACGAUUUUAAUUCUUAAAAAAGUUCUUGCAGACGCCAUAGGUUCACAUAUGAGGAGCGAAAUUCUUCCAAAUGCUAGAUUCGCCUACUAUGCCGGAUAUGUUUCAUAUAGAAAUGUACGGGAAUUACAUGAUUUUUACAGUCAUCUCAAAAUAUUAUUAAAUACGCAAGGCUUAGGUUGGAAAAGAUCUAAUAGUGUUCCCGAAUGGACAAACUUUACGGUUGAAAAGAUUCGAGUUGGGCCUACUUAUUUAUUUGACCCAUGUGCUCGAUUAGUCACAAAACGUGAUUCAAAGUCCUGUAUCCAUAUACCACAGCCAAAAUCAGACGAUCAUUUUAGACCAUCUGCAAUAGCUUUGCCCUUAAAAUCGGAUGGCUUCUUUAGCUUAUUGUCGCCCCUCUCGGAAAAUAUCUUAUUAAAAUAUUACACAACUGUUUGUAAAUGUAUAUUACGAAGUUCUCCAGAUUCCUGUCGUCACGCUGAUUUCGUAAGUUUUAAUAACGAGCUUUGGCACUGGAUGAAGAGAGAUGUUGCGCCUCGGCUUGCCGAUGAAAAACUUUAUGCUGCGUACGGCGGAAUAUUACGAAUAGCUGCAGCAGUUCAAGGUUAUGGAAAAGGAUUAUAUCGAAGAAAUCUCUUUAACUAUGAUGAUUCCAGUGUCACAAAAUGGCGGCCUUGGAAAGCACUGAAGGAAUCAUACGUGUAUAUCAACACGGACUGGACACCUCAUUUGUAUGUGGCUGUUAUACUAUCGAUAGGACUAGCUAUUUGUCUCUUACAAACAUGUUACAGUUACAUUAUAGGUGAUGAUGAUGGGUGUCACUGUAAAGGAUUUAAUAAAAGUUCAGUCAGUAAAGAUAUUGCGUAUACAAACGUAGAUUCAAAUAUACCAGCAAUGCUUCCUUCUCAUCGCAGCGCAGUUUAUUAUACGGAUAAAAAACGUACGAAAAAAUCAUCUUCCAAAACAAAAACUUCUUCUCUUGGGUCUAUAAAGACCCAAAAAGUAUAUGACAUGCAUGAAAAUACUGAAAAGCUCAUGUCAGUAAUAAUGAGUGGAAAUGAAGAUACAAGUGAAGAUUCUGAUGAUUCUUCAAAGGAGAGUCUAAAAAUAAAUGAAAAUUCUGCGAACAGUCGUCCAGAAAGACCUAAAAGCCCACCGAAGAUAGAAACACCGAUUACUCAAAUGAAAAUCGACAGAAAACGACCAAGAAUUAAAACCCAGAUACCAAUGUAUUCCACUAGCACAGUUACGAAUUCGGAACAAACAUGUCGAGGUGUACAGGAGACAAAUUCUUGGACAGGUUCGGACAGUUCCACUUCACAAUCCGCUAGUUCCGCGAGCUCUAAAUCUAGAUGUCGUAAGUCAAGAAGUUCUCGUGACUUAGCGUGGGCACGACGUGUGAUUUCCAAACAUUCUCUACAUACAAAAUCAACUUCGGGCACAGAACUCGACAUGAAUUCCUACACAACUCCGCAGUAACAAAGAUAACACAGAAAAAAACCUGUUUUUUCUUCGAAGAUUUAAACGUUUUUUAGGAUGACUCAUUUUGUAGUUUUACCGAGUAUUGUUUAAGACAUAUUGAAUUUAUUUAAGGUUUAUUUAAAACUGUUAAGAUAUUUAUUUUUAUGUAGAUGUUGAUUAUUUUUGACAAAUAAAGUACUUAUGUCGUUUGUU